GUCGUUAUUACAAGCUUCAUUCAUAUCCACCCACCUCAGUCUCAGCUCACUCGCUGCUCAGGAAGGAACCGCUUAACUUACUUAUACCACCGGCGAUGCUGCUGCCGCGCGCGCGUUAACACUUUGCUACCUGCACCCGGAAAGCGUCCAUCCACCCGCCGCGCGCUCCGGGAGCUUGAGGAGCUCAUGGGCAAGUGCCUGAGGAGGAGCUGCCGGCAGCGGCUGUCUCCCGCGGUCGAGGCCGCGGCGUACCUGACGUUGCGCAGUGGACGGCGCGUGCCUGCCGCGGCCGGCAGCGGAAGCCCCAGGCGGCGCCACCGACGGGGCGAGCGCUGCUGCGGCAAGGCUAGCGCCGACUCUGCUGCGAGGCAGCGCCGUGGACGACGGGUGCUUAAUUCUCAGUCGCAGGCCGGCGAGGAGGAGGCAGACCUGCCGCCGUCGCAUGAGAGUCCAGUCGUCUCCUGCAACGAGGGCUUCGGUGGUGACAGACGCGAGGCGCCACACUCCGGCGAGCCCAAACGCGACCACCACCAGAGCGACGCCGCAUCAGCAGAACCCAGGUGGGUGUCGUCGCCACCUGAAGCGGAGAUCGAGGCGUUCUUGGCGGCGGCCGAGCUCGCCGAGCGCCGGCGGUUCAUGGAGACGUACGUACAAUUACGACAUCGCCCUCGACCGCCCGCUGGAUGGCCGCUUCGACUGGUCGCCGGUGGUGAGCUCGUGAAGUCAAGCCAUACACCGGACCGCCCGGGUAAAACUGUCAAUUAAGUCACUGUCACUGGGAAAUGCAGCUAGCUACCACUAGUUUAACUGCUUCUGUAAUCUCAAUGUCACUUGUUGUUAUGAUCAUCAGUAUGUAGCCGACACUAGCUAGCUCAGCUCACUACUAGUAUCUAUGUAUGUAUAGCAGUUGGUAGGGAUCAACAAUUUGAGACGAUAGGAGGAAGCUUAUGAAUGAGCUCCCCUUGAUAAUUGAUUUCGCUAGCUCGUUUUAUUAGAAAUGUCCAGUGUAAAUUUGAUUUACCCCUAGUGAUGAAUAACUCUUUACACAAAA